GAGUCUGCCGUCCGCCCUGGCCGAGGAACCGGGCGCUCCCGUCCGCGGCCCCUCACGCGUGGGGCUCAUCUCAGUUUAAGAAAUGGCAUUUCACAAGGCGGUGAAAGGAACUGUUCUUGUUGGAGGAGGUGCUCUUGCCACUGUUUUAGGACUCUCUCAGUUUGCUCAUUACAGAAGGAAGCAAGUGAAUCUGGCCUAUGUGGAAGCAGCAGAGUGCUUUGAACCUGUGAACAGGGAGCCUCCUUCCAGAGAAGCUCAGCUCCUGACUUUGCGAAACACUUCAGAAUUUGAUAUCCUUGUGAUUGGAGGAGGAGCAACAGGAAGUGGCUGUGCACUUGAUGCUGUCACCAGAGGACUAAAAACAGCCCUUGUAGAAAGAGAUGAUUUCUCAUCAGGGACCAGCAGCAGAAGCACUAAAUUGAUCCAUGGUGGUGUGAGAUAUCUUCAGAAGGCCAUCAUGAAGUUGGAUAUUGAGCAGUAUAGGAUGGUAAAAGAAGCCCUUCAUGAGCGUGCCAACCUGUUAGAAAUUGCUCCCCAUUUAUCAGCCCCACUGCCUAUAAUGCUUCCAGUUUACAAGUGGUGGCAGCUACCUUACUACUGGGUAGGAAUUAAGCUGUAUGAUCUGGUUGCCGGAAGUAAUUGCCUGAAGAGCAGUUAUGUCCUCAGCAAAUCGAGAGCUCUUGAACAUUUCCCCAUGCUCCAAAAGGACAGACUGGUAGGAGCAAUUGUCUACUAUGAUGGACAACACAACGAUGCACGGAUGAACCUUGCCAUUGCUCUUACUGCUGCCAGGUAUGGGGCUGCCACAGCCAAUUACAUGGAGGUGGUGAGCUUGCUCAAGAAGACGGACCCCGAGACGGGCAGAGAGCGCGUGAGCGGGGCCCGGUGCAAAGAUGUCCUCACAGGGCAGGAAUUUGAUGUGAGAGCCAAAUGUGUUAUCAAUGCUACAGGACCUUUCACAGAUGCAGUUCGCAAAAUGGAUGAUAAGAGUGCCACAGCUAUCUGCCAGCCAAGUGCGGGGGUCCAUAUUGUGAUGCCUGGUUAUUACAGCCCCGAGAGCAUGGGACUGCUUGACCCAGCCACCAGUGAUGGGCGAGUUAUUUUUUUCUUACCCUGGCAAAAGAUGACUAUUGCUGGCACUACUGAUUCUCCAACUGACAUUACACAUCACCCUAUUCCUUCAGAAGAAGAUAUCAACUUCAUUUUGAAUGAAGUGCGUAACUACUUGAGCUGUGAUGUUGAAGUGAGAAGAGGAGAUGUCCUGGCAGCCUGGAGUGGAAUCCGACCCCUCGUUACAGAUCCGAAGUCUGCAGAUACUCAGUCCAUCUCCCGAAAUCAUGUUGUUGACAUCAGCGAGAGUGGCCUCAUCACAAUAGCUGGUGGGAAGUGGACAACUUACCGAUCUAUGGCAGAAGAUACUGUGAAUGCUGCAAUCAAGGUUCAUGAUUUGAAAGCAGGACCUAGUAGAACAGUUGGACUUUUCCUCCAAGGAGGCAAAGAUUGGAGCCCCACACUGUACAUUAGGCUUGUCCAGGAUUAUGGUCUUGAAAGUGAGGUGGCACAACAUCUUGCUGCUACUUACGGUGACAAGGCUUUUGAGGUGGCCAAAAUGGCAAGCGUGACUGGAAAAAGGUGGCCUAUUGUUGGAGUGCGACUUGUGUCAGAAUUUCCAUAUAUUGAAGCAGAGGUGAAAUAUGGGAUUAAGGAGUAUGCCUGCACUGCCGUGGACAUGAUUUCACGCCGCACUCGCCUGGCUUUUCUCAAUGUCCAGGCUGCAGAAGAAGCCCUUCCCAGGAUUGUUGAACUGAUGGGCAGAGAACUGAAUUGGGAUGAGAAGAAGAAAGAGAAAGAACUUGAAACAGCCAGAAGGUUUCUCUAUUAUGAAAUGGGCUAUAAAUCUCGAUCAGAACAGUUAACAGAUCGCUCUGAAAUCAGCCUACUGCCUUCAGACAUUGACAGGUACAAGAAGAGAUUCCAUAAGUUCGAUGCAGACCAAAAAGGCUUUAUUACCAUUGUUGAUGUUCAGCGUGUAUUAGAGAGUAUCAAUGUGCAAAUGGAUGAAAAUACAUUACAUGAAAUUCUGAAUGAAGUAGAUUUGAACAAAAAUGGACAGGUAGAACUCAAUGAGUUUUUGCAGCUGAUGAGUGCUAUUCAGAAAGGAAGGGUAUCUGGAAGCAGGCUUGCUAUACUAAUGAAAACAGCAGAAGAGAACCUCGACCGAAGAGUUCCGAUUCCCGUGGACCGUAGUUGUGGAGGAUUGUGAGUCUGACCAGUAAAUCCACAGCCAACAAAAUUAGGAACAACAAAUCACCAUGUAAUAACCAGAGAGGACUUACACCACUCUAAAAUCGUGGAUAUGGUGGCUGCCUUUUUUUUUUUUAAACACUGGAAAACAUUCCAAAAGAUUAAGAUGUUGGUAUAUUUACCAGCCUAAUGGAAACUAUUUGUAUAUACCAUCCAAUCUGGCUUCUACAAAGUGUACUUUCUCAUUUUCAGUGCACAUUGAUUUCAUAUUUUGGAUCCAUUUUGUGACCUGUUAGACUUGUUGCUCUGGCCCCUUGAUUAUUCAUGUAUUCUAAAUCAGUUCUAGAAGCCGAAUAUUUUGGCAUAAAUCGAAGAAAACAGCUGGAAACCUUUUGUGGCAUGCAUAAAACUCUGGACAUUGACUUUGUGGAUAGCAUUUUUUUUUUUUUUGGUACCAGGGAUUGAACUCCGGUCCUUGCACUUUCAAGGCAGGCCACCGAACCGCUUAGCUAAAUCCCUGGCCCUGGAUAGCAUUUCUUAAAAAGAGUGACCUAUUGAAAUGAUAGCCCCUUUCUUCCUCCAGCUUGUCUCUUCCUUUUCCAGACAGUUGCACAAUUUUAUAUCUUGAGUGUGACUGGCAAAACUGAAGAAGAAAGAAAAAGUUUAGAUCUGGUUUAGAUCUGGUUACAAGUCUCAGAGUGAGACGCUGAAAGCUUCCAGAAUCACAGGUGGAUGAUAAGGAUAGCAUUGGCAUUUACUAGGAGUUGCAGUGAUAGUUUCAUCUCAGCAGUUCAUUUUUUUCCUCAGUCACUGCUGGUUUUCUUUGACUAUUGUAGUUGCCAGGAAGAUCCUUGAUUUUCUUACUUUAAAACAAGCAUUUUAAGUGGCAAGUUGGAUGCAAUGGAAUGAGACUGUAUCUUUCCAGUUUUUGCAGUGUGAUACAUUUAAGGGUUAAGAACAUGUGUUCAUUAAAUUCACGUAUAAAAUAAUUUUCCACCCCCAAAUCCUAAAUUUGGAGCAGUUGAUAUUGUCAAAUUUGGUCUUUUUAGGUGAUUAUUUACAAACAUAAAUGAGAAUAGAAUAGAUGCUAAUUUUCAUUAUUUGUAAAAUAA